AUGAAUGACACAGAUAACAUUAUCGAAUCUUUACUCCUAGCCAUUCAGCUCCAGUUAUCUGUCUUACGUGCCAAUCAAGAACAAAUUAAGAUGGAUAUUAACAGCCUUGGAAAUGAAAUAAUGAUCAAAGGAUUUCCAAAGCAAAAUCUCUCUUUGUUUAUUAAUACUUCAAGUGAGUUUAUUUUCAAACCUGUGAUCAACAUUCAUAAUGUCACUUUAGAACAUGUUUACCAAAUGAUGAGUCAACAUCUUGGAAUCAAGGUUACAGCAUCCAAAAAAGCAACACUCAGGACCUGUACAAAACUUGUAUGCAACGAGUUAGCCACCCUUCCUUCUGUACGAGCUCUUGGCCCUCGUCCUAGUUGGGGGUCCAUAUCUUCAUGUGAUCAAACAAUGAUUUGCAAUAAACAUGCAAACAUGCUUAAGAGGGUUGGUAUAGAUUUCACCAGAUGCCAUCAAAAUUGGGCAUCCAUUGCAAGAGUCAGUCAUCUCUGGAAAGACCAUCAAAGGAGGCAAUUGUAA